GUAACUCUUGGCUCAGAUGCUAUAGUUUUGACACAAGGAAUUUUCAAGUAAAGUCAUGGGAAUCCUGCAGGUUGAUGAACUGGUUACAGACAUAACAAGUGGAAGCAAAGAGCAGAACGAUGUGGAACAAAAAUAUCCUUCUGAAGAAUGCAAGAUCUCUGUUGACCAUCAUCUGAAAAGCCAUAAUAAUCUUCAGAGUGACAGUGAAGAUGGUUUUAAUAAUGAUUUUGUUGAUGAGGAUGACUUCCUGAAGGCAGCGCUGGAUAACAAAUUGCCAAUGAUCAAGAGUUACCUUGCCAGAGGUGCGGACCCAGACGCAUGUGAUAAUUUCAACCGUACAGCUCUACACAGAGCUUGUUCACAAGGAAACGUGGAGAUUGUGAACACGCUGCUAGAGGCCGGGGCUUCAAUUGAAAAUAAGGACAAGCUUCAAGCAACUGAAAUUCACUGGGCUUGUCGUGGCGGCAGUUUGCCAGUGCUGGAAGUUCUGCUUAAACAUGGGGCAAAACUGGAUUCCAGAGACAAGCUUCGCAGCACUCCCCUUCAUGUGGCAGUCAGGACAGGACAAUAUGAAUGUGCUGAACAUCUCAUACACUGUGGCGCAGACGUCAACGCAAAAGACAUAGAGGGUGACACACCACUGCACGAUGCUGUCAGACUGAAUCGGUUCCAACUGAUCCAGCUUCUUCUGAUGCACGGAGGAGACUUAAAGCUCAAAAAUUGUGAGGGAAAGUCACCAAUGGACAGUGUUUGUGAGUGGCAAAACGGAGCUAAAACCAUCUUUGACAACUUUAAGGAUGGUAAAAAAUAGAAGCAAUACUUGACCACCACAGCUACACUUUGGGCAUAAUAUGCUCAAAACCUGUUUUUAGAAUCUGAUAUUUAGGAAAGGUAUAUUAUUGA